AUGGACACCAGUAAACUUUAUAUUCCACCCAGAUCCAGAAAGCGCAGUCUAUUGGGCUCCAGCACAUCCACACUUGGCACGGUAGCCAACACGUCUGGUUCAACGCGUCUGAAUACCCACGUUCUCCUUGGACUCUCCGUUCUUAUCCUUUCUGCAAAUGCCCAGCCACUCGACGCGACGUCCCCUUUGGGUGUUGGACCAGCCAGCGCGGGGAGCAUGAGCAGCCUCGGAUUGCUGGGACUUGCGGGAAAGGGUCUCUCAAAGGUCGGAGAGACGGCAUUGGGAGAAAGAAUUGUCGAGUCAAUUGGCAAGGCUCUGGGUUCGACAUCUCGUGAAGGAGCUAUCGACAGAGUGUUGGGCGAGGAUCCGACGAGCCUUGCAGGUCUGCUUUCCUCGGGAGAGAAUGCUCCAGUAGAGGCCGAUAUACCGACCUCCGACAACCAGGCAAUCCCAAACUCGACUAAUUUUCUCGAAGAUCUAGUCGCCCAUAAUCCAGCUCUAUCGUUUGCACUCAACAUUGCCGAUCUCAUGCACAAGAUGCGAGAGCUCUUCGUCGAUAUUGCGGUUCUAGAAGGCGAAGAGCGUGGUCUACGAUUCGCAAACCGUCCCUCCCAGACCCAGGACGUCCUCUCCCAAGAAUCGCCUGAGCUGCUGCUGGAAGAGCAACGCGGUGCAUUGGGACUGGAAGUCGCGCCAAAUGCCGACAGCGAGCAGGUCGAUGUCAUUGCAGACACUGAGGAGCUGCAGUUUGAUCUUGAUGCAUCUCCGGAUGUAUCGGUGACAAUUCCUGGAAGCUUUGAUGUUGACCCAGCUGAAGAAAAGCAAGCGCACGCGACUGUUCCUCCGGGUCUCAAUCCACUUGUCAACCCUUAUGCGGCGCUCGCUAUGUCGUCGGUACUUGCGACUCUGUUCGUUGUCAGCUUAAUGGUUGGUCGCCAUUACUUCCUCACCCAAGCAGCCAAGACCGCCGAACCUGACCUGGAACAAGGCUCUUCGUCUGACUCAGAGGAUAAUGGGGCCGUCGAAAAGUCUGCUUCCCAAUCUGUUCACGAGGAGCUGGACGAAAAGGCUCUCAUCGAACUUGACGCGCCAACAGACUCCAUCUUGAUGCCCAAUGCAGAGUCGGCUCGGAGCGAUGCAAAAGAGGCGACAGAAGCGCUCGAGCUUCUUAUCGACGUCGCGAAUGCCGCUCUUUCUGCUUCCAUCCUCCCUGUCGACACCUCCAAAGCUCCGCCCAAACUCGAGACGCCAAAGAUGGUCGUAGCGGCACUGGAGACGAUGCGCGCCGAGAUGAACAAGACACCUCUGAAUCUCGACGUGGAAAAGGGAUCCCUAUCUCGGCGUCUCCUAUUGGCGCGUUCGCGACCAGCGACUCCACUCCGCGUUCCUUCGCGACCACAAACCCCAUCUCUCACGUUUACAUCCGCCGAAGAUGGCCAUAAUCACCGUUCCUUUACUCUUCCUAAACCGAUUCCCCGUCCCUCUUUCCUGCACGAUCCGACCUUUUUCGACUCGCCAGCAUCCUCGUACGUAUCCACGGCUUCUCAUCUGGGCGACACACUCGAAGGCCAUGCAGCGUCUGUUCAUCUCAACUCGCCCACACCAUCGAUGGUCCACCUUUCCUCGGGGCUAUCCACAAGCCCAGCGCCGUCGUACGUGACAGCCCACCCAAGUCCCGCAAUGUCCUACGCAACCGCACAAGCAUCACCGGUCCCUUCGGAUGUCGUCUUGCCCCCAGCAGCACCUAGACGCCAACGAAUUGACUCGCCCGUGCUAUCAACCGGAACACUCGACUCACCUCGUCCGACAGAAAGCGCACUAGCUCUCUUUGAUGAUAUUUCGAGAACGGAUGAUAUGCAUCUCCAGUCGCGUAGUUAUACGGGUGGUGUGAUCCCACCCGCGCAUCUUACGGAGACGGCGCUCAACCUCGCGUUGAUGCUCCCUGCGACCGAGUGGAUAUUCCAGUUCCUCGUCGUGUUUAUUGGGUGGUUUGGGUUCUGGAUGCGUCCUGUCCACCCUACCCAUCGGUGCAGGUACUAA